AAACCUGGAAGCGGAAGUUCGAGCUUCACGUGGUUGUUUCGUUACUGCAUUCGAACACGCACAAUUCAUUUUUUCCUCCUAUUGAAGUUAAAUGCAACAGCCUCACAACCACAGCACUGAAAGUAUAGAAUUUCUUUGAACAUUUUCACAUUUUUAGUACCAGAAUGAUCAAGGAGAACCGAUGGAAUGCACCCCCUAAUGCACCGGCGUGCAUGGAGAAGCAUCUGGACUCUGCGCAAUAUAGGGCAGACGGUACGCUGCUCCUGGGGGCCUCGAGCCUGACUGGCAGAUGUUGGCUGGGGUCUAUUUGGGUCUACAGUGACCCAAAACAGUCUCCAAAUGAAGGUUUUUGCAAGGCUGGUGUCCAGACAGAGGCCGGGGUUACAGAUGCCAAGUGGGUUUCGGAGAAAGGCGUUCUUGUUGGAUCUGACUCUGGUGCCGUGGAGCUUUGGGAGUUGACUGAGGAUGAACGCUUGUUGGUAAACCGGUUCAGCAAACAUGAGCAUGACCACAUUGUCACCAGCGUGAGCUCAACCACUGAUGGAACCCACGCUGUCAGUGGCAGCAUGGACUGCAAGAUCAAGGUUUGGGACCUCAGCCAGGAGGCAGUGGUCAGCACAUACAGCGGCCACUCGAUGCCAGUGUCGUGUGUGUCCUGCAGCCCAGCAGACGACUCCUUGUUCCUCUCCUGUGGCGAGGAUGGAAGGCUGUUACUAUGGGACCGUCGGAAACCUACUAAACCAGCCAGUAGAUUAGAUAUCGAAUCCCCCAGCUGUUGCCCUACCUCGGUGGCCUGGCAUCCUCACAACAGGAACACCAUUGCUUAUGGUGAUGAGUUGGGAAGAGUGACAAUGAGGGACUUUCAGGGAACAGAGCCAGGCCAGAUGCUGAGUUCCCACAGUCGUAGAGUCUCUGGUUUAGCCUUCUCCUCACACAGUGUCCCUAUGCUGGCCUCCAUCAGUGAUGACUGCUUUUUAGCUGUGAUGAACUCGGAGCUCAAAGAAAUCUUCAGGGACGGAUCCCACCAGGACUUUGUCCGCGGUGUGUGCUGGCUCCCUGGGGUCUCAGACUCCCUCACCACUGUGGGCUGGGACCACCAAGUCAUCCACCACACCGUGGGGCAGGCCGCACCAGCCACCGGAUCCUCCGCACCCCCACCUUAGGCCUACAGGGCUAGGUCUGAAGAGGAAAUUGGUGGAAGAAUUGAGAUUUGGACCUUUUUCUGUUCCCGGUUAGGAGCUGUAGAGUUUUCCCAGUGUCCCUAGUUUAUAGAACAAUUUACCAAUUUUGACAGAAAAGACAAAUUGGUAUAGAGCAGUGAAUGGCACAAUAUGGAGAAGUGACUAUUGUGACUGAAUGGAAGGGGUUUGGCAACCAUAACAUGUAUUUGAAGCCUGCCUGGUCAAAACGGUAGGGUUCAGUUAAGGCCACUUUGGUGAUGGAAGUGUGUGAGACGUGUGAGUGAGAUACUGGCUCUUGGGCUAACAGGAUUACACAGGUGGCUUAAACUUGUUCUCAACUGCAGAUAUAUUGGUACCAUGGCUUAUCCAUGGAUUCUGAUAUAAUUACACAGUGGACUCAAAGAACCUGGUCUUAUAUUUUACAUGGAUUUGCCUUCUUCCCAAAUUGUUUGUUUAGACCGACUUACGAUGUAUAUAACAAAAAGGAUGUAAAUAUAAUGCGUAGUUCAGUCUUUACUGCAGUGCUUCUGUAGAACUGGGACUUCUCCUCGUCUGGCGUUUUGGUUUGGUGUUCUCAAUGUUCAAAUGCAGAUGCAGAACCAUACAUCACUGCAAUGUACGUGUUUAAAGACUGCUCCACGGUUUGGAUGUACUGGAAAUGCCUUGUGUUUCUGGGGAAAUAUCCCACAUUUACUUCACUUACAUGCCAUCUGUUUCUCCAUCCUUUAAUAAAAGUAAUGUCUGUAUGAUA